AUGUUACGAAGGAAAGGAGCAUCGAAUCAGGAUGAGAUGAAAGAAUCACUCAUACAACACGAUCCUCAGUCUUCUCAUCAACAAAGAAAGUCGCGCACAUCGUUCUCCCGGCACUCCCAAAAAUCGCAUAGAGAUAAGUCCAAAGAAGGAGAGAAGUCAAAACAACAAGAGGUGGAGCUUAAACGUUGCCAGGCCACUUGUACAAAGCUUCAAACUGAAAUAGAUGAAAACCUGUCCUGGUUAAAAUCCAACUACAAUCCGUUUCACACGUCACUUUACAAUGCCUCACAAUGUGUUCCUUCAGAACAUAAUCUACGCAUUUACAGAGAAUGCUGCAUGAGGAUCAAGGAGAUGGAGCACGACGAAAAGGAAGGUGUUCGUAAGGAAUAUGAUACCCUUUUUUAUGACGGACCUGUUUCGCUAGAAGAGUAUAAAGAUUAUCGGAGUGUAGGUGAUGAAGAGCUGACGAAUAAAAUGUCAAAGCUUAAGGCUAUGUUCAAGUUUGAAGAUGCAGAUGUUUCAAAUCAAGACAGUAAUAAUAAUAAUAUAAAACCUCAAAGUACUAGUAACCGGAAUCAGCGGAAAGGUUCAAGUUCAGAAAACGGCCGCAACUCAGUUAGAGACUGUUUUCUGUCCAUUUACAAGUUUUGGAAAGCAGGAGACUUGGAUGGACUUGUCUGUUCGCGGCAAGCUCUAGACAGUGCUAUUUCUUCUCUGGAGACAGCCCUGGGCGAUCAAGCAUUCUGGAAUGACAAUGAAGACGAGGUCGAUACUCUUACCGCCCAAUACAGAGAAUUGAAACCAGAACUUCAAGUCAUAAGGGAGAAAGGAAUUGACGAUCUGCCCUCCCUGAAGGAAACGGAAAAGAGGCUCGAAGAAUUAAAGGCAAAGAUAGUUAAGAAGAAGCAACAGAUCGAUGCACGUUUUAAGGACCGAUUAGACGAGACAGAUUCUAUGUUAGGUGUGCCUAAACACAUUUGGAAUGAGAAACAUCGAUCCAAGAAAGGUUCUCGAACGAGUCUUAGAAGGAAGCUGAAAUGGGGUGACAAAUAA